UCGAACGAAUCUUUAAAAAGAAUCGGUUCAAAAGAACGACUCAUUUGCUAAUCAGACGUGGCGCCAUGGUUACCAUAGCAGCGGUUAAACACAGUCAAGUCAGUCAGUAAGCCUAAAGGAGACUCGUGUGUUUUAAACGUUAAUAAAGAUUUCGCCUUCAAAAUUCUUUUAAAAAGGAAAUAGUGUUUGAAGCUUGUGUUUUAGGCGUUUAGGUGUGACAAAAUUGCCAUGUCUGAGCCGGAGAGUGAGACUGUGAGUCCUGAAGCCAGUUUCGGCGCGAUGUUACAGGUCACUCAGACAGAGACUCAAGUUCGUGAAGACGAUGAUGAUGAUGGUGAUGGUGAUGCUGAAUCCACUCACGAGUUCAAAGUGGACGUCUGUACAGCCACUGACAUGCUUUUAAAAGAAGAAAACAUAAAGGAAUUACACAAAGACCAGAGAGACCAAGACGAUAUAAACAAACAAGGAAGUGAAUCCAACCAGACACUGUCAUCCAGUGACGUCGGAAGCUCAACAGCAACUGUUAAGAUCUUGCUGAUGCCAGAGAGGCACAUGAUAACAGUGGCCUUUACUAUUGGCCUCACAAUCCUGGAUCUGAAAAAACACUUCAGCUUAGACCUGAGGGUCCCAUCAGACAUCAUACAAAUCACUCUAGAUGAUAAAAGUGUGGAUGAUGACCAGACACUGAUUGACAUUGGUGUACAGCCUCAUGGGAUGAUCCAAUUUGAGAUGAGCUCGCUAGACCCAGAAAAUUACCCCAUGAGACCAGUCAAACCACAGCAGGAGUACAACAUGCCGGAUGUCAUCACUGUCAGGGUGCAAACAGACACAGACUCGUAUCAGGACGUGGUGGUGGAGAUUGAGAGAGCCACUCGAGGGAAGGCGUUUCUGGGAGGAUACCGUCAUAAAGUGACCAAAACAGAGUUUCAUCAUGCUGCUGUACAGACAAUGCCCAAGAAGAGGCCUGACAGGGACACUGAGAUGUUCAGCAGAGAUACACAGACUGUUGAGUUGAAGAACCAGGCUCAGCAGUGCUCCAAGAAUGCCUCGACUCAAAUGACCAAAAUCGGCUGUUAUGUGUCCAACAUGGAGGACAAACUCAUCACCCCCGGGACGUACAUUACUGCAGAAGAGUAUCACAGCAAGAGACUGAGAGCUGUCAUUACACUACAGUCAUAUGUCAGGCGCUGGCUAGCCAAGUGUUUCACAGACAGCUUGAGACAGGCUAAAGAGCAGCGUCUGGCAUGGCUGGAAAAUGAAAGGAGAAGGAAGAAAGAGGAGAAAGAGCAGCAGAUCAGAGAUGAAUAUCACCGCAGGAUGAAUCCGGAGUCAAAGGCAGACUUUGAUCUGCUUUAUAAUGCCUUAAAAAAAUGGAGGAUGGAGGAAGUGGAACGCAUCAAUGUCACCGUAUCUGGUGCCGAGAGAAAGGCAGCGCUGUGCGCUCUACUGGAGCAAGAGACCCAGUUCAUCUCCUCCAUAGAACGGCACAGAAUGGCUGCAGGCACGAGGAACCAGGAUAAGGCCAUACAAGCCUUCCUCAACAAGUGUGCAGAACCAAAGAAAUGGCGUGCAUUUGAUGGGAAGGUGACACAGAUGGACACGCAGUUCACUAUCAGAGCUAAGGAGCUGCGAGACCUGUACAGCAGCAUCACCCGGGCUCAGUUCACAAAAGACGAACGCCUGGAUGUGCUUCUCACUCUCAAACACACCGUAAAGGAACAUAAAUGCAAGCUAACACAGGACAUAGUGGACUUGAUUGACAGGGAGGUGGACCUGCUCAUGAGGGGGGUUAAAAAGAGCAACCUGGAGGGGUUGAGGAAGAGGAUAGCCACCCUCUUUCUCCAGUACAUAAAAACCCCUGCGUUCAACCCUCAGGUGUCCAAAUUUCUGCAGGUGCCCCAGGAUCCUGCCGACCUGAAAAAGAACAUCUAUUUGUGCCAUGGCUGUAAUGAGUAUCAGUCAUCCACUGACUUCGCUCUGAAAACUAACGCAUCUGCGGUUGGCCUCUGUGGCCGCUGUUUGGAUUUAGACAAUGAGGCCCGUCGGAGAGAAGACUUCUCUCUUUACAAGAACCUUCUCAGGUGCCUGCGUGAAUCUGAGGCCGAGUGCAGCCCAGAAGCCAAAAUCACUUACCUGCUGCAGGAGCAGGACUUGCGGUACCUGGUGGAUGUGUUGUGGGGUUCUCAGUCUGCAUUAAGUGGCUGGAAAGACCUUCAUGAUUUACUGCUGGUGCGUUGGGAGAAACAUUUGGACUGGAGCCCAUGGAACUGUAUCCUCCUUACAAAGGACGAAGCGGCUGCACAUCUCAAACUGGAGAACAUCGAAAAGGCAUACGAUGUGGUAGUUAUCCGUAACGUCAAACAGAAACACGCAUUGGCCAGGAAGUACUUCUCCCAGAUCCCUGCGAUGGCCGAAUGUCUGCACGACACUGAGAUUCAGCCUGCUGCCCUCAGCAACCUUCUGGUCUCCAAACCCAUCACCAAGGAGACCAAGUAGAAUGGCUACCCACAAUCCCGCAGGGCGCUACAUGUGAACUUCAGACAGUAAAGUAUAGAGAUCUAAAAUCUUAUCAAGAGUUCUUCUUCAAGAUCAUUUAUCGCAUUUGAAUAUCUAAAACC